AUGGGUAUCAAGGCCUGGUUGAGCACCAAUUUCGUGCAGCUGAAUGUCAGCCAGGUGGAAGCCAUACACUUUGUCUCCGCACUUGGGAGCAUCCACCAACAUGUCCCAAUGAGUGGCCCAGUAUUCCAGCAGGAGCGAGCUGGCCCGCGGGCCGUCUCGGUGAAGUGUGGGGAGGACCUGCUGCUGGUGAUGGCCAACCGGGACUUCUUUGGGACCAAUCGCCUCAUCAGCGCCUCUGAGCUGAGGCUGGGAGCCGCGGGCUGUAAUGUGAGCCGACUGGAGCAGGAGGGUCAGGCUGUGGUGUUUGAGUAUGGCUUACACGAGUGUGGCAGCACCGUACAGAUGACUCCUCAUGAACUUGUAUACACAACACAUCUGUAUUAUGUGCCUACUGUAACUGGCAUCAUUGUAAGAACCAACCCAGUGACAGUCACCAUAAAGUGUCGCUACCCCAGGGUGCAGAAUGUCAGCAGUGAUGCAGUAAAGCCUACUUGGGUCUCCUAUAAUUCAACCAAGAGAACAGAACAACACUUGGCUUUCACACUUCGUCUCAUGAAUGAUGACUGGAGUAGAGAGCGAACAUCCAAUGUAUACAUCCUGGGUGAUCUUCUUCACAUUGAGGCAGCUGUGGAGACCAGCAAUGUCCUACCAUUGAGGCUCUAUAUAGACCGAUGUGUUGCUACUCCUACAGCACUUAAGACCACUGAUGUAAAAUAUUCAGUCAUUGACUACAAUGGGUGUCUGUUGGACAGUAAGGCUGAAGGUACAGCCUCUUCCUUCCUAAUGUCACGAUUGGAGAUGAAUCGAUUGCAGUUUACACUGGAUACCUUCAAAUUCUACAAAGAUGAAAGAAACAUGAUCUACCUACAUUGUGACUUGAAGGUGUCUACUGUCGAUCAGCUGCCUAAUGAGCUCAACAAGGCUUGUUCCUUUGAAAAGGCUUCAGCAAAGUGGAUUCCAGUGGAUGGGACUGAAGACAUCUGUAAUUGCUGUGACAGUGGUACCUGUGGCUUUCUGUCCAGAAGAGGUGAAACCAGGAGAUGGCGGAUGACACCUAGGCAGUCUGAAUGGGAAGGCAGUUCAGUUCUGGGACCCCUGAUUGUACAGGAUUAUGUGGACCAGAAGCCAGUAAUGGCUUUGUCACUAGAUGAUUCAUACCAUAUGGAUAUCCAUGAUGCUGUGGAACAUCUUCCUGAAGGUGCUGAUAAUAUGGUGAUGGUUCUCUCUCUCUCGAUAACUGGAAGUGUAAUCUGUUUUGCAUUAAUCGGCUUUGUCCUGUACAAGAAGUUAUAUCAUUAAAUGUAACCUAUUAAAUGGCUCAUCUGGAAGACAUUUGUGCCCUGUUUCAA